ACUUUUUCUACACACUUUUCAAAUAAGUCGCAAAAUAUUUUGUUGCAAUUAGCAUAAAUAUAUGCUAAAUUGCUUUAUAAGCAAUAUACAUGUGGAAUAUAAAUAUACCUAUUAUAUGCCUCUACAUAUAACAGUGGCACUAUUUUACAUAAAUAUUAUAAAUGCAUAAAGUUUGACAUAAAAUCAUUAAAUCAUGAAAAAACUAGUUAUCAGAAAUUGAAAAGAAAACUAAUAAUUUUAACAAUUUGAUUAUUUUCAUCUUUUUAGAUCAAUGGAUGCCUUAAUCAGAGCAAACAAACUUAAAAGAGCUGUACAAAAUUUCAACUUAAAAUCAAAAGGACACCCUGUUAAUUAUUUAAAACCUCAUCAAAUUAAUUCAUUGUACUCCAUUCAAACCACUGACACUUUUGUUACUUUACCGACAGGAUACGGAAAAAGUCUCAUUUAUGAACUUUCACCGUUCUAUGCACAAGAGCUUGGAAUCAGACAAAAAUGUGUUAUUAUCAGUCCACUGAAUGCCAUAAUUGAUCAGGAAAUUGAUAAGUUAGGUCCCCUUGCAAUCAAACUUUCAGAGGACUAUCAACACUGCAAUAUUUCUGAUGUCAAAUAUGUCUUUGGUCAUCCUGAAGGUAUUAUUUCCAGAAGUGGUUUUGGGAGUCUGUCGUCCAUGAUCCAGAAGGAUGAAGAAGUCAUUGUGUGUGUUGAUGAGGCGCAUUGUAUUCUGGAGUGGGGGAAGGAGUUUCGGCCAGUCUUCCAGAAGAUAGGUUCACUUAGAACACUUCUAAAAUGCCGGUUCUUGUUUUUGACAGCGACAAUGACAGAGAGAGGUGUCCAGGAAAUAAAAAAGCUGAUCGGACUCAAAAAUCUAACAAUAACUGGCCAAAAAACAUGUGUAAACGAAAACAUCUUUCUCUCAAUCAGGCAUCGUCCAGCAGCAUCGGGAGGGGAAAAUAACGUCACCAAGUCUUUUGAAGCUUGCAUUAAACCUCUCCUCAUCGAACUAUUCUGCAAGCAGGAUCAAUUCCCUCUAACUAUAGUCUAUUCAAAUCUGAAGUGGUGUGGAUACGGAGUGGUUGUGGCAAAGCGUAUUCUGAAAGAAAGAAUGUACAAUGGUCUUCCACUGCCACAGAAUUGCAGAGUAAUGCAAUUUCAUGCACCACAGUCAAAAGAGGUAAACAGUUACAUCCUUGACUGUCUCAGAAAUGGAAGUGUCAGUGUCCGCCUCAUAUUUGCAACAGUUGCACUGGGAAUGGGUGCAGAUCUGAAGCAUGUAAGAAGAAUUGUCCAUAUUGGAGCACCCUCAACAUUAGAGACAUAUGUACAAGAAGUAGGCAGAGCUGGACGAGACGGCGAUUCAGCUGAAGCAGUGCUCUUUUAUAAUGCAACUGAUGCUGCUGGACAAAACAUGACAAAAACAAUGAAAGAAUUUUUGGUUUCCCAAGUCUGCAGAAAACAGUUCAUAGCAGAUUAUUUCGGAGCAAAAUAUACUGGUAGCCAUCAAUGUUGUGACAUAUGUUCACAGGUCACCAGUAAAGUAUUGCCCGUAACCUCUGAUGAACAGCAACAAACUUGCAAGGAGCUUUUGAGACAGUAUGUUAUCGCUGACCAUUCUGGAGAGUUGGAGUUCUGUUUAAGGGAAAAAAUUGACUGUAUAGGACAUAAAAAAUUGACUUAG